GAGAAGGGGAUUCCGAAUUCAGCGAAAACCGGCAGGUAGUGCAAUGCCGAAUAUUUUAUGCGGACAACUCUGGUAGUAGAAUGAAUAAGCUGCGGUGGCGUAGACGAAAUACCAGGGGUCGAAGUCGGUUCUUGGCGUGUUUUCUGGAUGUUGGGAACGAAAGUCCAAAGAGAGUGAAAAUCUCCCAGCUUAUCCAGUCACAUGCCUUCCAGAUAAACUUGUGGCCUGGCAAGCGAUGUCUGGGGAUGGAGCAGUGCUGUCGUUGCCUCAGUGGCAGGAGGAUGUCAUGAAAGUCUAGCUUUGUAUUACUCUUGGCACGCAAGGAAGGUACACUGUUGGAAUUGGAGGGUUAGGGUAAUCGUAGAUUUGACCCAAAGGGCUUGGCGGUUGCCGGGUGUGCACUCGGCAGGCAGCCUUCGCCACAGCUGGCAUCUGGUCGUUGUGGAGACCCCCGCGACUCAUAUGACAUACCUCCCUUAUGAGCUUGUCCUACCUCUCACCUCUCAAGAUCAACCCAGCUUUCUUCCUUCCAGCCUUCUGGCCGUUCCAAAGUCAAACAUUGCCGUGCUGCUCCUUGUGGUGUUCCGUCCCAUAUCGUUUCUUUCGCCAACUUCAUCUGUUCUUUGCCUUUGGGCCAUUGCUAGAGCUAUUUUAUCUCCUGCGCAGUGACACUGCAUGCCCUUCUUUGUUAGUUCACGCUACAGUGUAGCUGGUGUCCUCAAGAAGCUCACAGGAUCCAUCCGAUCAGGAGGACAGAGCUUCUAGCAGGCCAGCAUUAACUUCCACCUUGUUUUUGAACCACAUUGAAAAUCACUGCCGCGACCGUAUUCUUUUCCGCUUCUCUGCUUUGUUAUAUCUUCACCAAAUCUGAUGAAGUCGAUGCGCUCAGGCAGCAACAACUGGCAAUCGGCCGUCUCGGAAACAUCACCCAAGAUCGCGACUGCGAUGGAGGCAGCGAUAUCCGCCGGGGCCGAGGUCAGCCGUGUAGGCCGACGCAUCUUGCAGAGAAUCUGGGACCCAGAACCUACCAAUGAUCGAAGCAGCAAUGAACCAGUGUGGUGUUUGGGUUGCUCAUAUCUCCUCGAUACAAAAGAAUACGGCACACCCCCUACGCUCACCACCAGCACACCACCCGCAGAUGCCACUCUUACCGCUAUAGUACCCGAGCCUGGGGCAGGCGUGGAAUCGGAGCCACGAAGAGCCACAGAGAAGGCGGGAGUGCCGGUGAAUACAUCGAAUGCAAAAGCAGUUCCCCCCAUUCCCGUUGCGGCUAGUGGUCAGCACCAGCUACAAGUGCCCGAAACACCUCCUCUCUCCGUUGCCAGCAGUUUUGAUUCAGCUCUUGCAUACGAAGAGCCCGGUCAAGAUGGCGGCUGGCCCCCGGCCUUUCUCGAUGAUUUCGAGUCCCGCAUAUGGAUGACAUAUCGUACCGGAUUCGAAGUAAUUCCUCGCUCGACCGACCCGAAAGCGGCCGCAGCCUUGUCCUUCACCAUGCGAUUCAAGACUUCUUUUGGGGACCAGACCGGCUUUUCAUCAGAUACGGGCUGGGGAUGCAUGAUCAGGUCUGGGCAGAGCUUGUUGGCCAAUGCAAUGUUGAUCAGCCGUGCAGGACGUGCUUGGAGACGACCGACGAACCCUGACAUCGAACGCGAAAUCGUGUGCCUAUUCGCAGAUGAUCCUCGUGCUCCAUAUUCCAUACAGAACUUUGUCAACCAUGGUGCAGCUGCUUGUGGAAAGUACCCUGGAGAGUGGUUUGGCCCAUCUGCGACGGCACGGUGCAUCCAGGCUCUGGCCAAGAAGCACGAUAGCUCCCUGCGAGUGUACCUGACACGAGAUCUUCCUGAAGUAUACGAAGACAACUUCAUGUCAACCGCGAACCCUGACGGCAACCACUUUCACCCGACAUUAAUUCUGGUAUCUACGAGGCUGGGGAUUGACAAGAUCAACCCAAUCUACCAUGAAGCGCUCAUAUCUACCUUACAAUUGCCACAAGCCAUUGGUAUUGCUGGCGGACGCCCGUCAUCAUCCCACUACUUCAUCGGUGCUCAGGGGCAAUGGCUCUUUUACCUCGAUCCCCAUCACCCACGGCCAGCGCUUCCUUAUCGAGAGAAUCCGAACGACUAUACCAUAGAAGAAUUGGACUCCUGCCACACCCGACGAUUGCGGCAUCUCCACGUAGAAGACAUGGACCCUAGCAUGCUCAUUGGCUUUCUCAUCAAGGAUGAGGAUGAUUGGGAUCUGUGGAAGAGCUCUGUCAAGCAUGUUCAGGGCAAGGCCAUCAUCAAUGUCUCGCCUCAUGACCCGGAGCACGGGAUGGGUUUCGGUCGAGCUGGAGCGAUUGAUGAGGUGGAGACACUGAGUGACGAGGACGACACAGAUACGGUGCUUGAUUUAUGACUUGUUUGGAGGUAAUAUUUUGGGAUAUGGCAACAAGUAGUUCUGGGGAAAGGGGCGUUGCCAACGCCGUGGUGUGCAUGCCCAGGUUAGGGGACUCUCAACAAAACCUUCUCCCCGCUAUGAUGUUUGAGAAUCGAGGACACUCUGCUCGAUUAGAUGAUGCA